CAAGGCACCUCAGGGGUUAAGUUACAUGAGAGACAGCGAGGAGGAAGGGGAAGAAGCCGUCUUUGCGUGUUGUCUGUCUCCUUUUCCUUCCAGGGCCUGACUUGACUGCUACUUUCGUUUUUCCACGCUAGCAAACCAGCCGACCUCCCCAUAUGUGCUUAGAAUUUAACAACCUCGUAUGUGGGAGUAGUCCCGGGAUGCGAGGGUGACCUGGCAAAGCUUGUGUUUGCCACGCUUCUUCUCUGCUAUGACCACAAGUUGUCCAAAGAUGUCCCAACCUCAUUUCACCCUUACGAACAUCUGAGCCUUCUCCAACGCGAAUUGAGUCUGAUAAAUGCAAUUUUUGUACAGUGAAGCCUGGAAGGCAGCAGUCGCCCUUCCACCCACCCAGAAGACUUCCUCUUUACUCCAGUCAGGAGAGGAAAUUGAGCCCAGAUGUGACUUCAAACAAAAGAAAAGCUAAGGGGAUAGGAGGUGGAAUCAGGCCCGUCUUUCUCGUGACCCAAAGACCUGCUCCUUCCUGGCAUCUGUCUAUUUACCUCCUCCUCAUCUAGAUUGUCUAUUGUCUCUGGUUCCAAAUGUCACCCUCCUCGGACUCUACCCCAGUCGGGGAACAGCAGCAGUGUGUGACGGACAGGCCAAUGGAGCCUGCGGUGAUUCUCUGCCGCGUGGCUUCAAACGGGACCUGGAUGAGCUCUGCAUGGUGCAACCUGUGAAGAGUCGUGCUGUGGUGUGACGUCUCAGUAUGGAUGGAGUCAGUCAAAGGACCGGCCACCACUAAUGAGACCACAGCUCUUCGUCGGAGAACUCGCAUGUUCAGGAUUACUCCCGAAUUUUCCUGAUCAUUCCCCAGCAACCGACAUCAUUAGCAGACUCUCCAUGGUGGACUUUAAUAUUUGUUGAGUUCUUCUAUUAUUUAUACGUAUUUUUUCUUUCUUUUAAACCCUCCCAGUUGUUUAUUAUAUAUAUAUAUAUUUUUAAUUAUUAUUUUCAACUAUGGAGUUUCUGACUGGACCCUGGAAUAAGGAUUGGACUUCAUUCGUACAAUUUUGGUUGACUGUAAUUCUUAGCCUUCAAAUGCAAUUCAGCCCUGGUGCCUCUUGCCCAGAAGAGUGUCGUUGCGACAAAUCAUUUGUGUACUGCAACGAACGCAGCCUGACAUCUGUGCCUCUUGGGAUACAGGAGGGCUACAAUGUACUUUACCUACAUAACAACCAGAUCAACAAUGCUGGCUUUCCUUUGGAACUUCACAAUCUGGCUUCUGUGGAGACCGUGUUUCUCUAUGGCAACCAGCUGGAUGAGUUUCCCAUCAAUCUGCCCAAAAACACCAGAGUACUGCAUCUCCAAGAGAACAAUAUUCAAACAAUCUCCAGGGCAGCCCUAGCACAGUUGACUCGAUUAGAGGAGUUGCACCUUGAUGACAACUCCAUCUCCACAGUGGGGGUGGAAGAAGGGGCCUUUAGGGAGGCACUAAGCCUCAAACUCCUCUUCCUCACCAAGAACCACUUAAGCAGCGUUCCCAUCGGUCUCCCGGAGGAUUUGAAGGAGCUACGUUUGGAUGAGAAUCGAAUCGCUAACAUCGCAGAGGAGGCCUUCCAGAAUGUGACGCGUCUACAGCGCCUCCUGCUGGACGGGAACCUGCUGACCGAUGAGGGAAUCGCGCCGGGCACCUUCCAGGAACUGGUCAAUCUCCGAGAACUGGCACUGGCCCGUAACUCGCUCACCUUCCCUCCUCCCCUUUUACCGAGCCAGUCGUUGGCCAAACUCAGCCUGCAGGAGAACCAGAUAGACCAGAUCCCGAUAGCUGCGUUUGCAGAGUUAAAUAGACUGGAAAAGCUGGAUAUUUCCAGCAACCAACUUCAGACUCUUACCCAGGGUGUAUUUGACAGCCUGUCAAGCUUAAGGCAUCUCAUCGUACGAAAUAACCCGUGGCGCUGUGACUGUGCAGUGAAAUGGGUGGUGGUGUGGCUCAAGUCAUUGCCUUCCUCCAUAAACGCCCGAGGCUUCGUGUGUCAGAGUCCCGACUGGGUGCGCGGCAUGGCAAUCCGUGAACUCACGUUGGAUAUUAUCGAAUGUCCAGUCGAUACCAACCAACCGCCGUGGCCCACACUUCGUUCUACACCUCCCCCUCCGCCCACGACCACCCCUCUCACCACCAUGAUCUCCGCUCUUAUAACCACAUCCAUCCCCGACUACUUCGAUUCGCCUUCUCCACCCGUUCCUCCAAUCUAUCACAAUCCUCCCGGGCCUUUACCUCCUUACGAGGAUCCCCUUCAGAUUUCCUUCCAUGUGGUUAACUCUUCGAAUAUAGAGGUGAGCUGGGCUUCUUAUUUCACCGUCACGGCCUACAAAGUCACUUGGGUUAAACGGGGCCAAAGCCAAAUAAAUGAAGGGAUGCAGGAACGGACUGUGAGCGGGGGACAACGGCGUAUCAGCCUCACCAAUUUGGAGCCCCGGUCUGUGUACCGGAUCUGCGUACACGUUUUGGACAUCCAUAACUCCUACAGGCCCGGGGAGGAUACAAUAUGCUCCGAGGCCAGGACCAAGUCAGCCUUGCCGACUAAAUCUCCUGGUUCAGGCCAAACUCCAAAGGAGAGUAUUAAUUCCACAUUGUUAAUGGCUGGCAUCAUAGGCGGGGCGGUACUGAUCAUCUUAAUAACACUACUCAGCCUGUUUUGUUGGCACAUGCACCGGAAGAGCCGGUCAUCUUCGACCAAGUGGAAAUACAACCGAGGUCGUAGAAAAGAUGACUACUGCGAAGCUGGAACCAAGAAGGAUAACUCCAUUCUUGAAAUGACUGAAACCAGUUUCCAGAUAGUGGCGCUGAACAACGAGCAGCUGCUCAAAGGAGAUUUCCGUAUUCAGCCUAUCUAUACACCCAAUGGGGGGAUUGGAUUUAGAGACUGUCACCUCAGUAACAAUAGCUUAGCCUACUGCAAGAGCAGCAACGUGCCGAGUACGGAGUUUUGCCACACGUAAUGGCGUGGUAAAAUAUCGCAGUGGCGCACCCACAGACUCCCCCCCCCAAAAAAACGAUUGACAAUAUGUACACAACACACACACAGUUUGUGUAGACAAUAACAGAAAAAUAUAUCUAAAAAAUAUAUAUAUAGUGACAUAUAACUGUACAAUAUAUUUCCAAGUUCUGUCUAUGAUGUAAUUUAUACUGUGGAUAAUAAUGUGGGAUUCUCUGCUAUCUUUUUUAUUCAUAGGAAAAGGAGUCCCAAGUGUUUUUUUUUUUUUUUGAUAAACAGCAGGGUUUUCAAAGUUGUUAAAAUGGUCAAUACUGUACACGAACACGGAUUUGUACAAUCACGGCAACCUGGGUGUAGCUUCUGGCAAAUUCUGUCAGCUUUGGAAAAUGUUGGGCACUUUGAGGGCUGGGAUACUUUGCUAACCACAGAAGCAAAAAUAAAACAAAAUUGCCUUUUUUAUGCUUACCCCUCCCAUGGAAACAAUAGCGGCACUUGUGAGCGAUUGUAGAAAAAGUGUGAUUGGAUUGUUUCCUAUCAGAAAAAUCCCAAAAGUGCUUUUAACUCUUAAAAGCGUCUGUGCUCAAUUUGUUUAUUAUAACCGAGCCAAGAUGAGCCUCGGUUAAGAGGCGCUUUUUGGAAAACUCUGAAAUAGGAUUUGUCAUCUUCUGCACACUAAGACACAACUUGAUUAACAUGAACAUAAGCAACAAAGAAUGAUUACUCUCGAUGCAGUGUAUGAAUGUGCUUAGUGCCCCCCCCCCCCAACCUUCAUGUCUUUCAUAUUGUUUUAGCAAGUGAGGCCACAAGGGGGCAGUUUUUUUCAGCAUAGUGUGAAACUAAGGGCAUGCUGCAGACCGGGAGGGGGGGGGGGGGGGGGCUUGUAACACACAGCUCACUACCAUCCCCUCAAAUUUCACAACCCAGAUGACAUUACUCUUUUCAGACAGCAUUGUUAUGUUAUUGCUCAUUGGGGUUUUCUUUAAUGACGUGGAAUCAUUUUAAACUAAUUGUGUCUUCCGUGCUUUGUGGCGAAAAUAUGGAUUUUCACUAUUGUGGUUUGUCUGAGUGGGCUUUUCAAUGUGAUGAGCAUUCCAAAGACAGCCUGUAAUAAUUUAUUCAUACAUUUUGAAAAUUAGCAAGUAACUCAACAAUUGCACUUAUAAGUGCUCAUUAUUUUGAAUUACGUUCCUGAAAUGUUUUGUUUUGGACCUACGGAUUUCAUGGUGGGAGGAAUGAAUGUGUCUCACCCGCCAUCUUCUACUUCCCUGGCCUCCUUGUCCCUGUUCCAAUAUCUCAGAUCCCAGCAUGUGCUCAAUUAAAGUAGUUUCCUUGCCCUUCAGCUCACGGACUGAGGCAGCAGCGCUUUGCAUGCCAUGUGCCAGCGAGAGGUCUUCAUUAUGCACUUCUUAAGAAGACUCUAUUUGAUUUGACAUUUUAUUUUGAGGGGGCCAAGCUUAAAGAGUUCCCACCCCCAACCAACUCUUUCCCUAUAAUCCUCCCAAAAAAGAAAAUAUGCACAUUUUACUUUCACUCGGCUGCACCUAACUCACGCUGGGCAUGUUAACUCUUUGUGAGGCCCCAAAAACUUCACCCACUAUUGAAAGAAAAAAAAACCUCUAUAGUUGAUGGAUUAUAGUAUUUGAAAUCCAGCAAUAGAGUAGCAAACUGCAGGACAUCUCCAUUAUUAAAUAUUUACGAUAUCAUUGAGUGCUUUUAUGUACAUUUCUCAUUCAACCAAAGCAAUUUCUUGCCUUGUAUCAAAUCAAGGAUGAUCAUUUUAAUCAUGGCUAAAUCCAGAAUCGAGCGCCAUUAUUAUAAACUAAAAAAAAAUAGCACAAUCCACACUUAAAUUACCAGUCAGAUUAUUUUGCUUUAUUUUUUCCCCAAUCUUCUGUGGUUAUCAGAGCCUCUCCACUUUAUGUUGAACUUUUUUCUACUAAUAACAUAUCAGCGCACCCAGAAGACGUACCAAGUGUUCCUGUGACCUACCCUGCUUUACCAAUCGUAAAACAGCUGACAAAGCACUGAACCAACAAAUUCAUUGUGUGGUUUGCUCUACAUGCUGCACCCACUCACCGUAAUAUCCUGCACACAAGCUUAAAGAACAUUUCCAUAUAUUUUUUUUUUCAUAUGGUUUCUCCCACGGACAUAUUUGCCUUACCUUUUUAUGCAGGAUUGAUGAAUUAAAUAUAUAUACAGGAUGAGAUUUAAGGAGACAGCAACAAGAAUGCCCGAAUGAUAGCACAUUUACUCGGCCUUGGUGGUGACAAUAACGGUGCCAAUAGGAACAACGCCGCUAACACACAUACUCACACGCGCUAAUGAGACUUUUCAUCCACACUGCCAGACCUUUCAGCGCUCCUACGCGGUGUGGUUAAUGAUUCAACCAGGCUAGGGAAGCAUUUUAGUGGUUGUUUUGCAGAAAGCGUUACUCCUCAUUUAAUUCACGGUUAACGCAUUUAACAUAAUGCUGAGACAAAUGGAAUUAAACGAAAUGGAAUGCAAAUUGACUGCUAGUGUCGGUUUGUGUUGUUUUAUUAUUAUUAUUUUUUUCCUGAUUGAUUGGGUAUUUUUUUUUUUGUUUUGUUUUUAACGACACUUCCUGUUGGCAAAUCUUUCACUGCAAAUAUUUAUCAGCAAGUAACACAAAUUUGCAUGUUGUACCUUCAUUACCUUUAAUUUUGUUCAUUUGACGUUACAAAUAUAUUUUAUAGCAAUCGUUCACCCAGUGGUUGUGAUAGAGAGCAUCUAUGAAAAUGGAUUUUAGCUGCAAAAUUUUUUUACAGCGCAUGUAAAAUGGCGACACAUUGAUCACGUUAGAAAACCCACACAGAGAUGUUUCUUCGGAACCAAAGUUAAGAAUUUCUGUUCUCAUCUUGAAAUGUUGAUGUUGUUCCAUGUAUGUGCCUUGAGGUUGAACUUACAAUGUAAAGUCCUUGAAACCUUUAAAUGUUUUUGCACAAACUGUACAUACUUAAGUGAAGUUUUUUUGUUUUGUUUUUUGAAAUAAAAGAGCCAUUGGAUUUGA